AAAGCCCGACUAAACUAACCUCCCUCCCUAUCUCACUCUCUCACUUCAAAUUCAACACCACCACCACCACCACCACGCAGCUCUCUCUCUAUCUCUCUCCGAUGGCCCUCUCGCUAUUUCACCACCCAUCUCUCACUCUCCCUUCACCACCACCACAGCCCUCUCCUCCUUCUCUCCGACCUUCACCCUCCACUUCCCUCCAAUUUACACUCCCUGCCCCUCGCCCCCUCCUCCUCCUCCGCUCUUCCCGCCCAAACCGCCUCCACUCCUCACUCCGCGCCGGCCUCUCCUCCGCCGUCGAUUCUCCCCCGCAGACUUCCGGCGGCCAACCCGAGAAGAAGCUCAUCCUCCAAGUCAAAGACCUAACCGCCGUGAUUGCCGAAUCGAAGCAGCAGAUUCUCAAAGGCGUUAACCUCACCGUGUACGAAGGUGAGGUUCACGCCGUCAUGGGCAAGAACGGCUCCGGCAAAAGCACUUUCGCCAAGGUUUUGGUGGGGCAUCCGGACUACGAAGUCACCGGAGGCAGUGUGGUGUUUAAAGGGCAAGACUUGCUGGAAAUGGAAGCGGAUGAGAGGUCCCUCGCCGGACUUUUUAUGAGUUUUCAGUCGCCGGUUGAAAUUCCGGGUGUGAGCAAUAUCAAUUUUCUUCGUAUGGCGUACAAUGCUAAGAGAGAGAAGCUUGGAUUGCCUGAGCUUGGAGUAUUUGAGUUCUAUGCUUAUUUGUAUCCGAAACUUGAACUUGUGAACAUGAAGACGGAUUUUCUUGAUAGAAAUGUUAAUGAAGGCUUUAGCGGUGGUGAAAAGAAGCGCAAUGAGAUUUUACAACUGGCGGUUUUGGGGGCAGAAUUGGCUUUAUUGGAUGAAAUUGAUUCUGGCCUGGAUGUUGACGCGUUCCAAGAUGUAGCCAAGGCAGUGAAUGGGCUUUUAACUCCAACAAAUUCUGUGUUGCUAAUUACUCAUUAUCUACGGCUUCUACAAUUUAUAAAGCCAACAUGCAUCCACAUUAUGGAGAAUGGGAAAAUUGUGAAGACAGGUGACAUCUCUUUGGCAGAAGCACUAGAGAAGGAUGGUUAUGAAGCAAUUGCAAAAUCACAUUAAAAGUGGUACCGCUCUCCUCUAUCUGGUGAAGAUGAGAUGCUUGGAUGAUGGAUCAUGAAAGGAGAUAUUCAUAAGGUUGGAAACCAGGUACUUAGGCUAUAGUUCAGUAUCUGUGAAGAAAAACUUUGAAUACUACCUGCUAGACAGAUCACUUUAGUGAGUCAAGAGCUGAAUAUUGUGAAUUUGUGAGGAAGGAUAUAGUUGCUAAGAAUCCAAUAGGCAAAGGUCUAAUGACUACAGAGAGUUCAACUUACAAUCCCCAUUUAGUUGUUUAAUUUUACAUCUUUACUCGAGUUUUUUGUU